AUGAUGAAUGUAAACAUUUCACCGUUGUUCAUACUUAUUGGUAUUUUUUCAACAACAUUCUUCUCCUCGAUGAGUAAUAUGAUCGGUGCAUCACGUGUGCUGAAUCGUGUUGCGCACGAUAAACUUUUUGGUUUCUUACUUCAUCCGGCAAAAGUUGAAAUUGGUGCUGGAAAUCCCGUUGCAUCGGUGAUCAUCUCAUGGAUAUGCGUUGUGCUGGUGUUUUUUAUUGGCGCAAUGAAUCGUAUCGCCAAGCUCACAUCUAUUUUUUUCUUGCUCUCAUACAUGGGUGUGAAUAUUGCCUGCCUAGCUCUUGAGCUUACAAGUGCACCAAAUUUCCGGCCAACUUUCAAAUAUUUCACUUGGCAUACUUGCGCAGUAGGUGUAAUAAGCACGGUACUGAUGAUGCUGGUGAUCGAUGCGGCAAUGAGUGCUAUUGGUGUUAUUGUGCUCAUGAUUUUAAUCAUAAUUCUUCAUUAUCAGAUAUUGCUGUUGGUCAGUCGUCCGGCAAGCAGUUGUCCACUGAUGGAUUUCAUAAAUGAUUUGAAGAAAAGUGGACUGUAUGUGAUUGGUCAUGUCAAAAAAGGUAGCAUGGAUGAAAGCACUGCGGCCGGCAUGGACCCGCUGCAUCAGGUAUUUCCAUAUUGGUUAUCACUUGUUGAUUAUUUGAAGCUGAAAGCAUUUGUAGAAUUAACAAUUUCAAAUUCAGUACGUGAUGGUAUACAACAGCUAAUACGUCUGUCCGGACUGGGAGCAAUGAAACCAAACACCGUCGUUUUGGGAUUUCAUGAGAAAAUGCCACAGCCAGCAACGCUUGCCGAAUCGUGUCUUUUGAAAGAUCUGAAAUUUUCACGCAUUGAUCGAGCAGAAGUUGUGGAAUAUUUCACCGCUUCGGAUUAUGUACCACGUGUUGGUUUUUUUUUACGCUAG